GCCGCGUUGGGUAGGGAAGACGGGACGGAGGAAGGCGCUUCGCAGGUCUGGCGGAGGUCGCGGCUCCCGUUCCGGGAUGGGGCUCCUAUUCGCCAAGCUGUGGAGUCUGUUCUGCACGCAGGAACACAAAGUGAUAAUUGUGGGACUUGACAAUGCUGGGAAGACUACAAUUCUGUACCAGUUCUUAAUGAAUGAAGUAGUUCACACAUCUCCUACCAUAGGCAGUAAUGUUGAAGAAAUUGUAGUUAAAAACACACAUUUCCUCAUGUGGGAUAUUGGUGGACAAGAGUCAUUAAGAUCAUCCUGGAAUACUUAUUAUUCAAAUACAGAGUUUAUAAUCCUUGUGGUUGACAGCAUUGAUCGAGAGAGGCUGUCUGUCACAAAAGAAGAACUCUACAGAAUGUUGGCUCAUGAGGAUUUACAAAAAGCCGCUGUUCUCAUUUUUGCAAAUAAGCAAGAUAUGAAGGGCUGUAUGACAGCAGCUGAAAUUUCCAAGUAUCUGACCCUUAGUUCUAUAAAGGAUCACCCAUGGCACAUUCAAUCCUGCUGUGCAUUAACAGGAGAAGGGUUGUGCCAAGGAUUGGAAUGGAUGACUUCCCGAAUCGGAGUAAGAUAAUUCUUCUGGAUUGGAAGUGAGAGUUAUCCCAUGGACUACCUUUUGUGGUAAACUUGUCUGCUUAGUGUAGCAACAGGUUUGAUUUAAAAAGCGAAAAAACUUCUGAAACCUCCACAACAAGCAACACUUGAAUCAAGUGCAGCUAAUCAAAACUCAGAGUAUUUUUUAAACUUUUUUAAAAUGCACUAGUCUUGGAUGGAUAAACAAGUUCUCCUACAACAUAAGCUAAAGAACUCUGCCUUGUAUAACGAAACUCACCAUUGAAAACGUUCCUUCUUGCAGCUUAACAGCCUGUAGCAUUGGUCAGUUUGCUUCCCUUCCUGUUUCAUACUGCAACAAUAAGCUUUAAGACUCCCAGGUUUAUGGAUAUUAAAGUCAGCGGAUUUCCAGAUGAUGGGAAUUCCAGUAUCAAUACAUAUUACUGGAAUUCUCUAACAUUGUAAUGAUUAUUUAUUUGCUAUCAGUGCUGUUGCCUUUUGUCAUUACAUUUCUGCCUGAGAAAGCAUAGACCUUUUUCUUAAAGCAUAUGCUAUAAAUAUUUUAUAUAUUGGGUUUUUUGGUAAAAUGAUUGUAGGGGAAAAAAACUUCAUGUUAUCAAGGAGGGCUAAUUAUACUGCACUGUGUUUUAACAAUGCAUAUUUAAUAGAGAAAACUAUUCCAGUAUAUGUAGAGAUGUAUUUUUCAAAUAAUCUUAAUAACACAUGAAGGCCAAACACUUAGGGAUUCUGUGCUAUUAGCCAAUGAGGCUCUUUAAUUGGAUUCAAAAUUACUGAGUAAUUGAAUUAAAUUCUUUUAACAAUGUGAAUAAUGUAUGAAAUAAUAAGUUUGAAAAAGUGACUCCUAAUUAUUCAUUGGAGAAAAUUAGAAAGUAUUCUUGAAAUUAACUUGGUUCUGUUGCAAAUUGGCCCAUGACUUUUUCCUAUAGAAAGCUGGAUCAUCAAUGGGAUUUUCCUCCAGAAUUAGGUCUUGUUCUACAUAUCAGUGUCUAAUUUUGUGUAGUCUACAUAAGUGGCUUGUGUUUUCAUGGAAGGUUAUUGUAAAUGUCCCACUAACAGUAUUAUGUAGUAUUUUUAAAACUCAAAGGUGUCUGUUACUUGUGAGAAUAGAUUUCUUGACAUGCUGUAAUGCUGGUAUUGAGAGUCAUCUGACAUCUAACGUGGUUGUGGGCCCUCCUUGGUGUCCUUGCCAGGGUCACAGAUGCAGUUGCAAGUUAAGAAAGCUGACCUGCAGUACAUCUGGAGGCUGCUAGGCUGGGGAAGGCUGAUGUACCUAGGUAUCUGGUACAACCCACAACGGUAUUAUCAAGGCAAAUUAUGCAAAUUAUGUAAUUUAUGCCAGUUGCAUCAUGACACCUAUGAUUAUGCUUCCCACCACUCACAGACACCCAUUCUGAUGUAUCUAAAAACUACAAAAGUGAGCUUUCCUGUUCAGCAUAUUCUACACACCCCAGCCUGAAUAGAGAACUCCAUGUUAUCUUUGGCUAAAUGCACAAGGAAGGUGAGCUAUAGUUAAAAGAGGACUGUCUUUUCAUGGGGGAACAAUGGUUUAAGAGGCACAGUAUUUCUUGAAGGCUCAUCAGAAGAGAAUGAGAAGCAAGUGUUUGAAACACAGAAGUUUCCGUUGAGUCAAGCUCAACUCUUAUGACUUCAUGGACAUGUCCAGGCAGUUUUCUUGGUAACAGUACUGAAAUGGUGUGCCAUUGCCUUCUUUUGGCAUUUUUUUUUAUUCUCCAGGCUAGCCUACUGAGCUGGCUCUUCCUUAUAAUCUGAACCUACUUAGUCUUCUGAGAGCAGCCAAGUCAACAAUUGAUUCUACUAUAUCCUCUGGCAGGGCACUUUUCCAUUCCGGUGAAUUUUCUAAGAGGUUUUUUUUUUUUAAAAUAUCAGAGUGGGUAGGGACAGCACUUUUAAAAGUAUGAGUUAGCCAAGGGUUCUCCCAGUUUCACUUAGCCUUUAAAACUCCCAGUAGGAAGAGGCUUCUUCUUCCUUCUCAAGUAUUAACUGAAAUGAUAUCGUGUGCUUCCUUGCAAAGAACUUGCCACUGCGGUAGAUAGCUAGCUAGCUAGCUCGCUCGCGGAUCCCUCACUGCCUCAUGCUUCUUAAAGAUGUAAGCGCAAUCCUCACAACUGUUCCUUCCCUUUUGAGGAAGAAAUGGAUGCUAGCCAGACAUCAUUAUUUAUUAUUAUUUAUUAUUAUUUAUUAUAGAUUCUUCCCAGUAGCAUGUGUACAAUAAAAGCCAGCUAAAAACUCAACACACACACACAUAUGCAUACAUAUCCAUUCAGUAACCAAGUUACCUUCAGUGACAAUCAAGUGUCAUCACUUAUCCGUAAUUUUGCUUAUGGCUAGCAUUUAUCCCACCACGCAUUUCUCUGGACGUGAAAUCUUCAAAUCUAAUUUCAGAGGAACUUUGAACUGGAAUUCAGUUAUAUCCCUACCCCCUUAAUUCUGUCCAUUCUUUUGAUGUUGUCAGCUACAGGUCAGUCUGCUGUACCUUUUAAUAGUCCACGUGCUCUAUAACUUGAAGAUAUAUAUAGAGCUUAAAUAGGAUCAAUGAUAAUUCUAUACCAGGUGAUAGAUGAUUUCUUCCUUAGGGCCAAUACUGUCCACUUUUUGGGUCCUUGGGAAGGUGGGUGUCUCAUCAUCUGCUAGUUGAUUGUUUUUAAACUAAAGAUGUCUUGGAGUUGUGUCUGGGAUGUCAUGUGUGCAGAGCAUCUGCUCCAUUAGCUAGCUGUGAUCCUACCCUGUCCAAGAUACUAGAGCGGUGUUUCUCAUCCGUGGCAACUUGAGUACGUGUGGACUUCAACUUC